AUGCUCGUUGCUUUCGCUCAUACUUACCUCUCCGCAGGUGAUAUGAUCUAUCUCACAGCACUGGGCAAAGGCAUCCUUGUUCUCAACUCUCUCGAGUUGAUUGAGGAGCUGUUCGUGAAAAGAGCUACGAACUACUCUGACCGCUCUUGGAGUCCCGUUGGCGAGCUAGUAAGAACAAUGUGGAGCUUCGCAAUUAUGAACUACGGACAGGAAUGGAGGAACCGUCGCCGUCUAUUCCAUCAGUUCUUCUACCGUACAGAAAAUCAUCACCCAGUGAUCGAAGAAGAAACGCUCUCAUUCUUGAGAAGGCUUGCCGACAACCCUAAAAGCUUUAGGGAGGAAGCACGAACGUGCCUAGGACUUAUCAUCAUGCGCCUUUCGUACGGAGAAGUCGACGCAAAUUAUAACAAAAACUUGAUGCAGGCGGGGGAUGCCGUUUCACUUGGUUUUUUGGAGUAUUCGUCUCCAGGCCGCCUUUUCGUCAAUACGAUCCCUGCUCUGCGAUAUAUUCCCUCUUGGUUCCCAGGCGCAGGUUGGAAAGCUAAACUCGAAGAGCUGGCCAUGCUGAACGAUAUGAUUCACAACAAGCCAUUUGACGAUGUCAAAACGCGAGUCAGAUCUGGAAAAUUGGGUGAAUAUACCAGUCUCGCAAUUCAGGCCAUCCAAGAACUUCCGGAUGAAGGGGACCUGGAUUGCGCUUAUCGAGAGCGCGUGGCGCGAGAUGUUUCGGCUCAGGCGUAUACUGCUGGUGCUGACACGACUGCCAGCUCGGCUUUUGCCCUCGCCCUCGCGCUGGCAAUGCACCCCGAAGUCCAACGCAAAGCCCAGGACGAAAUCAAUGUAGUUGUUGGCUCGCAGAGACUGCCUGUAUUUUCGGAUGUGAAAGACUUGCCCUAUGUCCAAGCCAUAGUCAAAGAAGUAAGCCGGUGGCAUACAUCGGCACCGAUGAGUCUCCCGCAUUUGUCAACCAAGGAUGAUGUCUUCAAUGGUUAUUUCAUCCCCGCAAAGACCAUCGUUAUACCGAACACGUGGGCUGUCCUACAUGAUCCAGACGUCUUUCCGGACCCCUUCGACUUUAAGCCGGAGCGGUUCUUGAAGGACGGAAAGAUCAACCCCGCUGUUCCAGACCCAGAGAUAGCAGCGUUCGGCUACGGGCGGAGAAUCUGCCCCGGCCGGCAUCUGAGCAAUGACACUUUCACGCUUCUGACGGCUCGACUUCUCGCCUGUUUCAACGUCGACCCGUCCCUUGAUGAAGCUGGAAACCCCAAGCCUCUCAAGUACGAAGUGACCUCUGCGUUUAUCUCGUUCGUGUUCAACUCUCGACGCAUUGUCCUGUCAGCUGAUUUCUUUCGCCAAGCAACCCUUUACCUUUUGAUUGCGAUAUCGUUCCGCGGUCCGAGCGACAUUUGGACCUGUUGA